AUGGAUCCCUUUUCCAGCAUUCCUGAGAAGGGUAAUCCCAUCGAAUCGAAUCAGAAUCCACCCUCGCCUCCCUCGUCCGCGAAGAAUAGCCCCGGCACUGACGACCACCCGGCCCCAGUCCGGGUGGUCAACGCAGAGGCUCCACCCGGUCCCAGCACUAGUCCCCGGACAACCGAGCCCACCGAAUUCUGGGACGACGACGACGACGACGACGACGAGAUACCCGCGGAUGUAAUGGGGAUCAGCGAGCCAUCCAUGGGACGUGAGCAACGCGAUUCAGACGGCUUCGUCGGUGCCGGAGGCUACAACGCACUGAAGUCAUACUAG